AUGGGCGACAUGGCCAACAGCUCGAUCGAGUUCUACCCCAAGCCCCAGCAGCAGCGGGAGGCCCCCCAUGCAGGUGGCUUUGGGUGCACGCUGGCCGAGCUGCGCUCCCUCAUGGAACUGCGAGGGGCCGAGGCCCUGCAAAAAGUCCAGGAAGCGUAUGGGGACGUUGGCGGGCUCUGCAGGAGGCUGAAGACCUCCCCCACGGAGGGCCUGGCGGACAAUGCCACUGACCUUGAGAAGCGCAGGCAGAUCUACGGGCAGAACUUCAUCCCUCCCAAGCAGCCCAAGAGCUUCCUGCAGCUGGUGUGGGAGGCCCUGCAGGAUGUGACCCUCAUCAUCCUGGAGGUGGCUGCCAUUGUCUCCCUGGGCCUCUCGUUCUACGCACCGCCGGGGGAGGAGAGCGACGCCUGCGGGAACGUGGCGGCUGGGGCCGAAGAUGAGGGCGAGGCGGAGGCCGGCUGGAUCGAGGGCGCUGCCAUCCUGCUCUCGGUCAUCUGCGUGGUGCUGGUCACGGCCUUCAACGACUGGAGCAAGGAGAAGCAGUUUCGAGGCCUGCAGAGCCGCAUUGAGCAGGAGCAGAAGUUCACGGUCAUCCGGAACGGGCAGCUCCUGCAGGUUCCCGUGGCCGCGCUGGUGGUAGGAGACAUCGCCCAAGUCAAGUACGGGGACCUGCUGCCUGCCGACGGCGUGCUUAUCCAGGGCAAUGACCUCAAGAUCGACGAGAGCUCACUGACCGGAGAGUCAGACCACGUGCGCAAGUCAGUCGACAAAGACCCCAUGCUGCUCUCAGGCACUCAUGUCAUGGAAGGUUCCGGAAGGAUGGUGGUGACAGCCGUAGGGGUGAACUCACAGACAGGCAUCAUCUUUACCUUGCUUGGAGCCGGCGGGGAGGAGGAGGAGAAGAAGGAUAAGAAAGGCAAGCAGCAGGAUGGGGCGAUGGAGAGUAGCCAGACCAAAGCCAAGAAGCAGGACGGGGCCGUUGCCAUGGAGAUGCAGCCCCUAAAGAGCGCAGAGGGUGGGGAGAUGGAGGAGCGGGAGAAGAAGAAAGCCAACGUACCCAAGAAGGAGAAGUCGGUCCUGCAGGGAAAGCUCACAAAGCUGGCCGUGCAGAUUGGGAAAGCGGGGCUGGUGAUGUCCGCCAUCACUGUGAUCAUCCUGGUCCUCUACUUUGUCAUCGAGACCUUCGUCAUCGACGGCCGAGUGUGGCUGGCCGAGUGCACACCUGUCUACGUGCAGUACUUCGUGAAGUUCUUCAUCAUUGGGGUCACCGUGCUGGUCGUGGCCGUCCCGGAGGGCCUGCCUCUUGCUGUCACCAUCUCCUUAGCUUACUCUGUUAAGAAAAUGAUGAAGGACAACAACCUGGUGCGCCACCUGGACGCCUGUGAGACCAUGGGCAACGCCACGGCCAUCUGCUCCGACAAGACGGGCACGCUCACCACCAACCGCAUGACCGUGGUCCAGUCCUACCUGGGGGACACCCACUACAAGGAGGUCCCGGCCCCCAGCGCCCUCAACCCCAAGAUCCUCGACCUCCUGGUCCACGCCAUCUCCAUCAACAGUGCCUACACCACCAAAAUACUACCUCCAGAGAAGGAAGGUGCCCUUCCACGCCAAGUGGGCAAUAAAACGGAGUGUGCUCUGCUGGGCUUCGUCCUGGACCUCAAGCGGGACUUUCAGCCCGUACGAGAGCAGAUUCCGGAAGAUAAGCUUUACAAAGUGUACACCUUCAACUCAGUCCGCAAGUCCAUGAGCACGGUCAUCCGUGUGGCCGACGGUGGCUUCCGCCUCUUCAGCAAGGGGGCCUCAGAGAUCCUGCUCAAAAAGUGCUCCAACAUCUUAAACAGUGACGGUGAACUCCGCAGCUUCCGUCCGCGGGACCGGGACGAGAUGGUGAAGAAGAUCAUCGAGCCGAUGGCCUGUGAUGGCCUCCGAACCAUCUGCAUUGCCUACCGCGACUUCUCCACGGGCCAGGAGCCUGACUGGGACAACGAGAACGAGGUCGUGGCCGACCUCACCUGCAUCACCGUGGUGGGCAUCGAGGACCCUGUGCGGCCCGAGGUCCCUGAAGCUAUCCGCAAGUGCCAGCGUGCUGGCAUCACCGUGCGCAUGGUGACCGGGGACAACAUCAACACCGCCCGGGCCAUCGCGGCCAAGUGCGGCAUCAUCCAGCCCGGGGAGGACUUCCUGUGCCUGGAGGGGAAGGAGUUCAACCGGCGGAUCCGCAACGAGAAGGGCGAGAUAGAACAGGAGCGGCUGGACAAGGUGUGGCCCAAGCUGAGAGUCCUCGCCCGUUCUUCUCCCACCGACAAGCACACUCUGGUCAAAGGGAUUAUUGACAGCAUGACUGGGGAGCAGAGACAGGUGGUGGCGGUGACUGGGGAUGGCACAAACGACGGGCCAGCCCUCAAGAAGGCCGACGUGGGCUUCGCCAUGGGCAUUGCAGGGACAGACGUGGCCAAGGAGGCCUCCGACAUCAUCCUGACCGACGACAACUUCACCAGCAUUGUCAAGGCGGUGAUGUGGGGCCGCAAUGUCUACGACAGCAUCUCCAAGUUCUUGCAGUUCCAGCUGACGGUCAACGUGGUGGCGGUGAUUGUGGCCUUCACAGGGGCCUGCAUUACUCAGGACUCUCCUCUCAAAGCUGUGCAGAUGUUGUGGGUGAACUUGAUCAUGGACACGUUUGCCUCUCUGGCCCUGGCAACGGAGCCACCCACCGAGUCGCUGCUCCUGCGGAAGCCAUACGGCCGGGACAAGCCCUUGAUCUCACGCACCAUGAUGAAGAACAUCCUGGGCCACGCGGUCUACCAGCUCACCAUCAUUUUCACCCUGCUCUUUGUCGGGGAGCUCUUCUUUGACAUCGACAGCGGGAGGAACGCGCCCCUGCACUCGCCGCCAUCUGAGCACUACACCAUCAUCUUCAACACCUUCGUCAUGAUGCAGCUCUUCAAUGAGAUCAAUGCCCGCAAGAUCCACGGGGAGAGGAACGUCUUCGACGGCAUCUUCAGCAACCCCAUCUUCUGCACCAUCGUCUUGGGCACCUUUGGAAUCCAGAUUAUCAUUGUCCAGUUCGGUGGGAAACCCUUCAGCUGCUCCCCCCUGUCCACGGAACAGUGGCUCUGGUGCCUGUUUGUUGGUUUUGGGGAGCUGGUCUGGGGACAGGUCAUCGCCACCAUCCCCACCAGCCAGCUCAAGUGCCUGAAGGAGGCAGGGCAUGGGCCCGGGAAGGAUGAGAUGACUGACGACGAGCUGGCCGAGGGGGAGGAGGAGAUUGACCACGCCGAGCGGGAGCUCCGUAGGGGCCAGAUCCUCUGGUUCCGAGGCCUCAACCGGAUCCAGACGCAGAUCCGGGUGGUGAAAGCCUUCCGUAGCUCGCUCUACGAGGGCCUGGAGAAGCCCGACUCCAAGGCCUCCGUCCAUAACUUCAUGACUACGCCCGAGUUCCUGAUCAACGACUACACCCACAACAUCCCGCUCAUCGAUGACACGGACGUAGACGAGAACGAGGAGCGCCUGCGCGCCCCCCCGCCCCCGUCCCCCAACAAGAACAACAACGCCAUAGACAGCGGCAUCUACCUGGCGACGACCGCCAGCAAGUCAGCUACCUCUUCCAGGCCCGGAAGCCCCCUCCACAGCGUGGAGACGUCACUCUAACGGAACUCCUGUCUUACGCUGCACACACGCGCGCACAGACACACUCACACACUCUCUCAGACUCACCCACACUCACAGACGUGAAACCAUGUACCUACAAAAGAGAGAAACACCCAAGAUGGCAGAAGACUUUUCUUGCACAUCAUUUGCAAGAAGCCAAAUCCGCUCACUAAGGGUGCAGCCCACCAGCGGCUUCUUUAUCC